AUGCAACCGGCGGGCGCGCCGCGAACGCCGGGUUCUCCAACGCGUUCUUCGUGCCACGAGCGCGAUCGCGAGCGCGAAAGGGAACGCGAGCAGGAGCGAGAUCGCGAGCGAGAUCGCGGCGGCAGGCAGAAUCGGACGAGUCCUGUGGAGGAUCGAGAGGAUCGCGAAGAGCGGGGUUCGAUCGCGAGACAAAAUCUCGGCCCUCCUGCCGCGAUCUCGGGGAAUCAAGGAUUGCCGCUGUCUUUGUCGCUGGAAGAUCGGGAGCUCUGGACCAGAUUCCAGUGCAUCACGAACGAGAUGAUCGUCACAAAAAAUGGAAGGAGAAUGUUUCCCGUGGUGAAGGUCGUUGCACGUGGUUUGGAACCGGCAGCUAUGUAUACUUUGCUACUGGAAUUCGUGCAAGUUGAUCCGCACAGGUGGAAAUAUGUCAAUGGUGAGUGGGUACCAGGUGGGAAAGCGGAAGUUGCCCCGCCUAAUCCGAUUUACAUCCACCCGGAAAGCCCAAAUUUCGGAGCUCAUUGGAUGAAAGAGGCAGUAUCGUUUGCUAAGGUCAAAUUAACAAAUAAAUCGAAUGGUAAUGGGCAGAUUAUGCUGAACUCGUUACAUAAGUACGAGCCACGUGUUCAUUUGGUCCGAGUGGGUGCCGAAGAACAGAGAACGGUUCUCACAUAUCGUUUUCCCGAAACGCAAUUCAUCGCGGUGACAGCGUAUCAGAACGAGGAAGUUACGAGUCUGAAGAUCAAAUAUAAUCCAUUCGCGAAGGCAUUUCUUGAUGCUAAGGAGAGACCUGCUGAUUCACAGACUUAUCCGCAAUAUGCAAGCGCAUUGUUUUUACCUCAACCUACAAUGGGAUAUGAAUAUAACACCGCAUCGGCGAUAGCUGCCGCGCAAAAUCAAGUAUCAGGUUGUGUUAGCAAUCACUUCUCUAAUUCAUGCACCGUCACUACAUCUGGGCACAGAAGCGCCUGCAGAGCAGCGCCUUAUACUUUGAGGCACAAGUACGUUCAAGAUGAACAGCACGGAGACGCAUACGCACCGAUGCCGCUUUUACAUUCCACGGCUUACGUAGCGGCUCCGGCCUGGUCACCACGGAGUCCAGAAUCGCUGCAGAAUCUCAACUCUACGUGCUUACCGCCCGUCGCGUCACAGGAAUGGCCAACGUCACCGUCGCCGUCUCCAACGUCAUCACACACGGUUCUCGGCAGAGCCGUGGUCGGUACCGUCUCCACGACCACCGUCACUGGUUGCACUUUAUAUGUGCCGUCAAACUUACCAUCUCAAGAGCAGCAUAGCACUGACUCGACCUGGAUACAUUCCAGCGCGCUGGAACAACAGCAGCAACAACAACAACAACAGCAGCAGCAACAGCAGCAGCAGCCCUAUUUAAAUUUGAAUCUUCACUUGCAUCACCAAAUGUCUCCAUAUAGUUCCGUUUCGCACGCAGGGUUACACCAUACAGGCUUGCAUCCACAAAGUGGAGAACCCGUUCCUCCAGCAGACGCGAACGAAUACGUCCACGAGUAUCAUCAUACCUCGCCGGUGCAAUCGACUACUCCCGAUCAGCAUCGUCAUCAGCAGCAGCAUCACUCUCAAGCGCAGAUGUUACAUCUGCAGACACUUCCGCAAACAGAAACAUCUUCGCCGGUCAGUGUAGAAUAUGACAGUCCACCUAAGGAGCAUCCUCACAUCCAAAUAGGCUAUCCCGAACAAACCGCAGAUGCUUUGAACGAAGUGCAACCGGAUGAUGAGAGACGAUACUUGACCACGGUCGUCGACCGUCAUCCUCAUUCUUCUCAUCAUCAUCAUCAUCAUCAUCCACAUCAUCAUCACAAUCAUCAUCGACAGGACACAGAGAUCACCGGUGAACAGUCGAAUGCUUGGACACCAUUGACACCAUCGCCAGCACCACAAACAACCGCCAUUUGACUCGGAUUCAUACGCUGGAAACUAUACAUAAACAUUACACACGUCCGAAAAUGCACGUCCGAGUUUAUUAUCGCGUAUAAGAUCCUUGAAUGCAGAAUAUUGUCACAGUGAUAUUGAUUGAUGACACAACAUCAGAUCAAUGAUAAAUAUAUAAACGUAAUAAUUAAUUAAGAAAAUUUUCAUUGCGCACUACAGAUAUUAAAAUGUCUAACUGUAUCGAU